GACUGGGCUCAUGCUUCUAUAGUUGGUUUGUGAGUAGCGUUUUAUGUAAGAGCAUGAAAGUAGAAGAUGAAUGCGUUUUUAGUACUGCACUAGUUUUUCGUACUCGAAAGAAUUUUACAUCCGCACCCGAAGAUUGUUAUGAAGAAAAAUUGAGUCACUUCUUGUGUAAUCCUCUGGCGUCAUAGAAAGAAGUAGUCAGAGAACAACUAUCCCUUGAAUGUAGUUGAGCAUAAUUGAUGUAGAAGCAGUUGUAAUGAACAAGAAAAGAAAAG